GUUACUGAAUCGAAGACAAAAAAAUUGGGUCGUAAAGGAAGCACAUCCUCUACCUCCUCCUCCUCCUCUAGUUCAAUGCUGGACCCACUCAGCAGCGUCCUGGAUGGCACAGAUCCCUUAUCCUUGUUUGCAGCUACUGCUGAUCCACUGCUGACCAUGACGAUGGAUAAUGCCAGGAAGAAGCGAGAUAAAGAUGAGAGUUUGUCUGUGGGAAAUGACUUUGAACCUUGGUCAAGCAAACGUGGUGAAAUCCUGGCACGCUACACAACAAAUGAGAAACUGUCCAUAAAUUUAUACAUGGGAUCUGAAAAAGGAAAAGCCUCAACUCCUGGAUCCGCCGUUUCAGAGAAAGUACGAACCAGACUAGAAGAAUUGGAUGAUCUCGAAGAGGGUUCCCAAAAAGAAUUGCUAAACUUAACCCAGCAAGACUACACGAACCGGAUUGAAGAACUCAACCAAUCCUUGAAGGAUGCCUGGGCCUCCGAUCAGAAAGUCAAAGCCCUUAAGAUUGUUAUCCAGUGUUCUAAACUUCUUUCAGAUACAACCGUGAUUCAGUUUUAUCCCAGUAAAUUUGUCUUAAUAACAGACAUUCUUGAUACCUUUGGUGAGUAUAGAGCGUACUGUAUUUUUUUUUUUCUAUUUUAAAAAACCGAUCAUAAGUCACUUUUUUUCAAUAAUUUUACUCCUGAAAGUGUGAAUGAUACCGCCAAAGAAACCUGCUUAAACUGGUUUUUCAAGAUUGCGUCCAUCCGAGAACUCAUCCCAAGAUUUUAUGUGGAGACAUCGAUACUGAAGUGCAACAAAUUUCUUUCCAAAACGGGGAUUUUGGAAUGUCUCCCCCGAUUGACUUCCCUGAUCCGAGGAAUUGGUGAUCCUUUGGUGGCUGGCUACGCUAGAGCAUACCUCUGCAGGGUUGGGAUGGAAGUAGCUCCCCAUCUGAAGGACAGCCUCAACAAGAACUUUUUUGACUUCCUUCUAACCUUUAAGCAAGUUCAAGGGGAUACAGUCCAGAACCAGCUGGUGGCCCAGUGUGUGGAGGUUCCAUUGUAUCUAACACUUUAUUCCCCGGCAAUUGAUUGGAUUCUACAAUGCAUCGCUUACCGAGCUGCGGAGGCCUUGUUGACCGAGAUGAUGGAGAGAUGCAGGAAGUUAGGCAACAACGCCUUGCUCUUGAAUUCCGUAAUGUCUGCCUUCAGAGCUGAAUUUAUUGCUGCAAGGGCGAUGGAUUUUAUUGGCAUGAUCAAAGAGUGCGAUGAAUCAGGAUUCCCCAAGCAUCUUCUCUUCUGCUCCCUGGGACAAAACUUAGCCUUAGCUGACCCACCAGAAAGUGACCGUCUUCAAAUCUUAAAUGAAGCCUGGAAAGUUAUUACCAAGUUAAAGAGUCCACAGGAUUAUAUCAAUUGUGCAGAAAUCUGGAUGGAAUAUACUUGCAGGCAUUUUACG